AUGUUUGGCUAUGCUCCCCAAGCCUUUAAGGCUGUCCAACAACCAGCUACUCAACAAGCGGAGCAACACAUGAAGCCAAGCGCUUCUACCGGACCUACCCUGGGCCCAAAGAAGGUGACACGGCGCCAGCCUCACUCAACAGAGGAGUCACGUGCAGCGCCGACACUGGGACCCCGUGCUCAAGGUACUGAAGUUGUUGGAUCUUCGUCGAGAUCGCAUGGAUCACACAAGAGGUCAAAAUCUGGCUCAGAAUGGAAAAGAAAGGGGAGUGACCCAGAGAUAAACUUCACGUACUACUACGAUGGUCUGAAUCCACAUCUUAAGGUUCGCAAACAUGGAGCAGACAAAAUUAAGACCUCGGAGGUCAAGGCUCAAAGAGAUGAUAUUCUGAAUGGGCAGACCGUUCCAACGUUCGAAGAUUCUCUCCGCGUUAGCCUCGACUCCUUCCAGACCGAUAGUCCAACCUCUGAAAUCGCUCCGUCUCCAAGCUCAACGGCUGUAACAAAGGAGCCCGCAUUUAAGGAAGAAAGACCUACUGUAUCAUUCACGGAACCCGAUGCGGAUAAGGCGGACUUGAGACUUCAGCUCCAGUAUCUCAUUGAACAGGUCAGACUUCUUAAUGAAAAAAUUGGGGCUCCAGCAAUCUCGGACAAAGAGGCGGCGCAAGCAACCAGCUCGAACACGACACCAGCUACCAAUUGCAGUACGACGCAAGCUCCAGAUUCCCCGAAGGCGGAAAUUGCAAAGCCAGUGGAGCCUCCUGAGGCUAUUGCGCUGCAGCAACCCAAUGACACCGAAGCCUCUUUAGCAUUGUCAGAAGAUUCUGCGGAUGUUCCAGUGCAGCCUUCUGCGAUUAUAGCAUCGUUAGCAUCAACCGACCAAAGUCUGAAAUCUGCACCAGUGAGGCGAUAUGAAACAAAGUCCCAGGCGAAACUUCAGAAUGAAAGAACAAAAGCGGUACUUGGUAACAACGGAGCCGCACAAGAAGCUGUCUCUUCGGCCCCAUCCGAAGCAUUAUCAUAUCUCGAUAAGGCAGCGGAAACGAGCACCGAUGGACAAAGAUUGGUUCGCCAGAUCCACACACAUGCAGGGUUAAUGAAAUAUUUAGGCCAUUCCAACAUGAACAGUCGUCCUACUCCGCCUGCGGAUACACCGAUAGUUCAGACCUCUUCUUCAUUGCCUCCGACACAAGCCCCGUUGGAAGCUGGUGAGAGGAGCGAACAGUCUCUUCUAGAUGAACUUUUCCCGGAAGCAAGCAACUACAUUCAGCCUCAUUACAGCGAACGUAAUCCGUACCCGAAGCUCAAUCUUCCUAGAUCAGCACCUAUAGUUCGGCGCUAUGCACCAAAGGAAAAACUAAGCAAUCGCGAGAAAUAUAUUCAAGCAUUUCAGAGAUCAGCGGAGAACAUGACGACAUUGCAGCUUUUACACUGCAGCACUGAGCUGACGGAAGCCGAUUUUCGAAAUCUUGUGCCCAAAGGACGACACAUUGAAGGUUGGGCCCGCGACGAUGAUUUUCGUCAAGUCAUCCCGGGACGAGAUCCACUAAGCUUAGAACGAUUGCCUUUCUAUUAUUUGAUCUUUAAGAAUCCCGAGGCUGCCCUUAGGUACCAAAGCAAUGCCGUUCGCCUGCACAAGCUGAGCAAGCUUCACGGACCCGAUAGUUCCCUGUCCGCAAUUCCCCCUCCCCCAGGCCUUCUCGAGAAUGGCGAAGACAUUAAUGCUGCACUCUCGUCAUACCUUCUCACCCCUACAAGCCAAAACCUCCAACUCAACAUGGUCAUGCAGCCAUACAACCCCGCGCUCGCCCGCCUCAUCGAGGAAGGCGGAUAUGCGCCCAUCGUCCGGUCGACAAACCCCGCCGGCACACAGGUACACAAAGUCCUGUUCUACAUCGAAGGCUACGAGCCCUCGCCCUACGACCUCUACCAGAUCUUCAUGCAGGAUGCCAGCUCCCGCGGCUUUGUCUGGCCUUUCCUCCACGAGCACCUGUCCAUCCACCGCCUCCGCGACAUCGUGGACCUCAAGACGCGUUUCUUGCCCGUCUCUGCUAACAACCCGCGUGCUUCUUCCAAGGCGAAGCGCAAGCUCAUCGAAAUGAAGGACUACGAUCCGUAUGCGUCGUUCCUUUCUACAAAGGAGGGCAGCGAGAGCGACGACGCAGAAGGUCAGGACGCCAAGAUCAUCAAUCAGAUCAUCAUGAAUAGGGUGUAUAACCGGUGGAUUGUCGAGUUUAGCGAGGAAGCGGGGGCGAGGCGGUUCGCGAGGUUGUGGCAUAGGAAGGUGUUGCCGAUGCAGGAUAGUGUGUUGCACAGGACGUGGAGGGAUGUGGAGGAGGUGCGGAUGUGUAAUGCGGAGUAUUUGUGGUAA